UUGGAGGACGCUGUCUUUUCGGUUUCCGUGCUAUAACGGGGAUGGAUCGGCGGCGGAGAGCAUCUCUCGCGCUCACCUUGAACUUCAUCGCGUUGAUCCUCGCCAUAUCCGCACUGACCACCAGCUACUGGUGUGAGGGGAACCGAAAAGUUGUGAAACCCUUCUGCACCGGGCCGGUGACAGGAAAACAAACCCACUGCAUUCGAUAUAACAGCUCGAACGUCAAUGACAGCAGGUUGGUUCAGUACAUUUGGGAGACAGGUGAGGAUAAGUUUGUUCUGAGGAAGUUCCACACCGGCAUUUGGUUUUCCUGUGAGGAGAAUGUCGACCUUGUGGGUGAGAAAUGCAGAAGUUUCAUUAAUGUUGCCCCUCCCCACGAGAGAGGUGUCUUAUGGCUAUGCAUCGUGGCUGAGUGUCUCUACAUCUUACUGUUGGCCACUGGGGGAAUUCUCAUGUCCAUAGAGGUCUGCCAUUUUGGAAACGUCAUUGAUGGACUCAAACUGAAUGCCUUUGCUGCAAUAUUCACAGUCUUGUCAGGUCUUCUUGGUAUGGUAGCACACAUGAUGUUCACCACAGCAUUCCAGCUGACCGUGAGUCUGGGCCCUGAAGACUGGAAACCACAAAACUGGGACUACAGUUGGUCUUAUAUCUUGGCUUGGAGCUCGUUCACUGCCUGCAUGGCCUCCUCUGUAACCACCAUAAACAGAUACACUAAGACUAUUCUGGAGUUCAAACACAAGCGAAAGAACAUUGAGAAGAACCUGAAGAUCAAGCAGAAGUUGCUGGACCUGGACUCUCCAGACCAGGUGUGGGACAUGUACAUCAGCUCCAUGCCCAGUACUGCUGAGGAGUUUCUGGACCUGUCCAGUUCUGGGCGAAAGCUCUCCACCAAUUCUGUCUUCCUGGACCUCAAUGACCUGCCAUCUCCACAGGGAGAAGAGUACUGUUGAAUCCAAUACAAUGGACCAUCUCAUUUAGAGAGCAUAACCCAUUUUCUAGGUACUCUUGCUUGCUCUUAUUAGACUGUACCUGGCAUCACAUUAUAGUGUAGCCUGAGACCCAUGAAAGCCUUGAUUCAGGGCUCUUAAAAGGGAUAGUUCACCCAAAAAAGUCAUUCCCAUGUUUUCCCAUAUUACUUUUUUUCUUUUUAUCAAAAGAGAAAUUAGGCAGAAUGUUUGCAUCAGUCAACCAUGGUGCCUGAGUCUAACAU